AUGCACGACUUCAGCACACCGAGCACUCAUUGUACGCAAGCUGAAAGGCUUGGAGGACAUCAUCCCAUACACUUCGGUGCACUGGCACAUGGGCGAGAAGGGUCCGCUCGUUCGGCCAUCCAUCAAGCCAGACAGCUAACAUCACCAGGCUGGCGAUUCGCCACAAAGGACGAGAAUGAGCCUGGUGCACACACUGAGCCCGAUCCCAUACAUCCAGAGUAUACUCACAUCCGUGACAUCUACUUUGAGAACAACAAGGACUAUGGUGGUCGCUUCACGGUACCGACCCUCUAUGACACAAAGCAGAAGCGUAUCGUGAACAAUGAGUCUUCCGAGAUCAUCCGAAUGUUCUACCAUGCUUUUGACAAGAUCCUACCGGAGAAGUAUGCCAAGGUGGAUCUCUUCCCAGAGAAGCUGCAGAAGGAGAUCGAGGAGACGAAUGAAUGGACUUACAACGAUAUCAAUAAUGGUGUCUACAAGAGUGGCUUCGCCACCACUCAUGAAGCCUAUGAGAAAGCUGUCAAGACCCUUUUCACAUCCCUCGAUCGUGCUGAGAAGGAUAUUGCGAAGUCUGGCGGUCCAUAUUACCACGGCGAGCAUCCAACAGAGGCGGACGUGAGAUUGUACACGACCAUAAUCCGCUUCGAUGCUGUAUACGUGCAGCACUUCAAAUGCAACAUUCGUGACAUUCGCAGUGGAUACCCGAACCUGCACAAAUGGGUGCGACACUGCUAUUGGAAGGACCCGGCUUUUGGUGAAACCACGGAAUUCACGCAUAUCAAGAACCAUUACACCAGGAGUCAUAAGCAGAUCAACCCGUUCUCCAUUACACCGGUUGGCCCAGAGCCACCCAUCUUGCCACUCGAUGAGGAGGUCCCAGCUGUCAAAGCGGCGAUGAAUAAGCGUCAGUGA